AUGGGCAUCAUCCCAUCUGUCGAGAAUGCAAGAGGCGCAGUGUUGAAUGUAGCUGGGGAUUGAAGGUCUCUUUUCACCCAUCGAGAACCCUGCAGCUCUCUUCAGAGCACACUGCUGCCCUAUCACGUCUGGAUAAGCAGAGGAAAAAGACUCUAACCGACGGGCCUGGCUGUGGCCGGCAGCCAGCAGCACCCCUCGUUGUAAGUAUUAUUUCCUUCCUCCUCUUGCCUGGGCAACAACCAACUGGUUACCCCACUUUAAGAUUAUCAAUGAUACCCAAGAAAUUGUUCGUUCCUUUUGCAAAGAUGAUGAAGUGUCUUUGGUGGAAGAGUCCGGCAGCGAUACUUCUAGCCGACCCCCACCAACAGAGCCCGAUGAGCCCGAUGACUGCGACUCGAUUGUUAUCCUCGACGAAGUGAUACCACACGGAGGUUCCGUGAGAUCUGUUAGGGAAGGAGGACAAACGGAUGAUACGAGCACCGUUGGCAUAAACAGUGACGUUGGAGCUCUGCGGGCUCAGGACAGGGUAUUUGAUCUUUUUGACACCCUACCUCCACUUCCCAACCUGUCACCGCCAAACAAUCCAACACCGUCAUUGAUCCCGGACUUCUGGGAUAAUGACUUACCCAACGCUCCUUUCUUUUUGGGGCAUGCCAUUUCGAGGGGCGCUUCUCCAGAUCCUGAGCCUAGGUUUCCUGUCUCUCAGAUGGUCAAGGCUGAUCUCAUGUCCGCAUACAUCCAAGAGACUGCGACAUGGUGCGAGACCACCGACUCGGACAUGCAUUUUUCGGUGAGGAGUGUUCAUGACAUGAUGAAUUCGAAACCCUUCGUCGCGGCAGCAAUGUCCCUCGCUUCUCGGCAACGAGAUGCCGUGCAAGGUCGCCACCGACAGCUCACGCUCGAGCUUUAUCAGUACACUAUUCGUCUCUUGCUGGGACAGGACCCUACGAAACCGGAUGCGUCGAUUUUAGCGACGUGUACCAUUCUUUGUGCCUACGAGAUGAUGGCGUCGAGCGUUUCGGAGUGGAGGCGUCAUCUAAGAGUAUGCUGAUCUAUACUCCUGUGCCAAUAUCAAAGUCAUACUAGCUGACCCUUACAUGUCGAUAUAGGGUUGCGCAGAGUUAUUAAGAAUGUGCAAGUGGAACGGUAACAGCGAAGGUAUCGUCAAGGCUUGCUUCUGGGCUUUCGCAAGGAUAGGUGCGCCGUACUCCCAGCCGACAAUUAGUUCGUCCGGAACUCUUCCACAACAACUGCUGACGUAUGGCAGAUGUAUGGGCAGCUUUCAUUCUUAACCAGACCACGUUGAUCCCUACAGACUCGUGGGUGAAUCAAGAUUCUCUUGUCUUGGUUGCUGCGACAGGAGACACUGACGAUUACUGCAACCUGGCCAUUCUGAUCUUCGCAAGGAUCAUCAACGUUCUCAACGAGAAAGGUGGCGCUAGACGCCAAUCCCAGACCAAGCUGAGAGACAACGCCCAGAAUUUGUGGGAGGAGCUGCAGCUCUGGCGACGCUGGUGCCUCCCAAGUGUAAAGCCGUUGAUGAGAAUAGAGCAGUCGGAAAAGAGCCCCUUUCCUACAAUCAUGUUUGCUCUCUCUUCGUCGAGUAAGUCAACGACCGUAUGGUAUGCCCGCUACAGACCAAGGCUGAUCCGAUACUAACUAGUAUGUGGAAAUACCUUCUACCACGCCGGUUCAAUACUGCUCCUGCAAAGCGGAUUAGUCAACCCCGACCCUUCCUCGGAAAUGGCAACAGCAGUGAGCAGCCUUUUCAAUGAAGCCGCCGCGACGGCUUGUGUUAACAUUAAAUAG